UUACGUAUUGUGUCACACACGCCGCGACGGGGAGUUAAAAGCCCCGACGCAAUCGCAACGAUUUGUUUUGAUCCCCUCCUCGGCGAUUGAAGUAUCGCGCGCGGACGUAUAUGCGUCCCCGGCCCCGGGAGAUGGACAUCGCCGCUUUUCGGCGCCGCGUCGUUCCCCGUCGCCCGCCAACGACAGAGAUCACCAGCAGGCCGCCCGUCAUCGCCCGAGAAUGGAUCGCGAAUUAAUCGCAUCGCCCGUCGUCCUCGUCGUCGUCGUCGCUCGGCACGGACCGUCCACUACGCCGUAACGAAACGAUCAGAUCAAAAAACGCGUCCUUCAAAUGGAGCGUGUUCUGAAGGCUGUACCGGCGGAUUUAAGAGUAAAAAUGGAGGCCCUUGUGCACGACUUGACCCUGGCACUCGAGGAGAGCAGCAACAGCGCGAAUCUCAGGCGCCGAUGGGGCAUCAGGAGGCGGGCCCGCUCCACGGGCAAUAUUCCGGCUCUAAGCACAAGCAAGCACUCGGACGACAGCUCAUCUUCUAUUUGCGAAAUUCGCAUUCCGAAAACUGCCAAUGUCACGAAGUACCAGUCGGACAGCGACGAAACCAAUCAGACGAAACGCUUCGCGCACUUUCCGAACCUGAACAACGUCAGUAACAUCGAGAGCGACUCGGUGAACGAGAACUUCGUGCCGAGAACGAACAUCAGACGCAAGAGGAAGUUCAAGAGGAUGGCGAUCGACUCCGACUCUAACGCGUCCACCUCCCAAGCGAUGGCGAUUAUGUCGGCUUCGACGUUCGGUGGGAAAAAACGUAUCUUCCGAAGCGAUUGUAAAAAUAGAUACAGCGCCAUAUGGUGCGGAAAACGUAAGAGAUCGUGCAGGGAGCGUUCGAUAGACUGUGAGAUGAGAGUGCCGAAACCGACCAAAAAUGCAAAGCCGAAAAAUCGUGAUAAGAUACAAGGCGAGGACACUGUGGAUUGCUCUCGUAUAUCCAGCUCGAGCAUCUCGUCCAGCGAUUCGGAGGCGGGUCUCAUCACCAACGACGAGGACAGAGAAGGAGAUGACGAACAGUCCGAUUGGAUCGGAGAGUCAAGUUGGCGGGACGACGGGGAGAGCACCAGCGACGACAAAGCCACGUCGGAUUCGACCUUCCAGAUAAUGCUGCACGGCGAGCACUCGGUUGCGGAGGCCAAGAAAAACUACAGGCAGAGAAUACAACGCAUUCGUGAGGGCCUGAGCGGCAGAGAGAUCCGCGCCGGGCGACGUCACGUCGACAACAAGCCCGGCUACUCCAUCAUAACGUCGGCGAACGAGAAAGUCUCGCGAUUCCUGCAGGAUCCUACUCAGAGCGAGCUGAGACUCCAUCCCAUGCGGCAACCCGAGCGGGAGAAGCUACGUCGGCUCGCGAAUCUAUACAGUUUGAGCAUGAAAGGCGAUCAAGGCUGCCCGAUACUGUACAAAACGCGGCACACCACGCAGGCCGUGUGCGUGGACCAAGUGUCGUUGAACAGAUUCUCUGACUACAAGAGGCUGCGUAAGACACCUCCGAAUUCACCGAACUCGGACUCGACGAUGCAAACCGAGGAACCUCAGAUCUCCACCGCGAGCUUCAGCUCUUCGCAGAUCAUAAAUCAGACACAAGGCAAUAUGGGCUCGAUACAAGCGAAUGUACAAACAUUUUCUUCAUUCGAAUGGGAAAGCGAAAGUAUGGACAUUGAAGUACAAGGGAAGUCAAAGUUUCCUGAUUUUGGACAUUCCAAAUCUAGUUAAAUUUAUUUACAUGUGUGUAUGUAUGUAUAAAUAUGAAAAAUAUUUAGUUUUUUUUUUCUGAAAUGUGUAUAUAUAUGCAUACACGUAUAUAUACGUUUUAUGUGUAACAUCCUUAUGUAUUAUUGAAAUUUAGAAAAAUGUUAAUAUUCACAUGACAUGAUGCGAAAAGAUUCUACAGAAAUUGUAAUAUAUAUAAGUAUUUUAUUGCAACUUUUACUUACUAAAUGAAUUUAUAUAGUUAUUCAUGUUACUAUAAAUUUAUAUUGUAAAAAAUGUAAUAUUUAUAUGCAAAUGUUAUAUAAAACUGAAAAAGAUUACAGUACAUCUAAGACUAUGUGGUUCAGAAUCAAACUUGCACUUCCACACUCAUAUUAAAUACAUCAAACAAGUUUACUUAUAUAUUUAACAUGUACAACUCCAUCCCUUUCAUACUUUACAUGUUUAAUGUUUUAUAUAUUACAAUAUAUUAUAGAGUACAAUU